CCUCCUGAGAGUCCCGCACCCCUCCCUGAGGAAAAUCCUCGAUCCGCCCCUGGUGGUAUGUAAAUUGUGAUCACGGAUUGCGUGGAUAACUAAGCGAUCGAGCGCUCAUAAUCGUGGAAGUGGAUUGUCCCAGAGUGACUAUAGACCAUAAAUGAAAAAGGGCGUGGAUAUCGAAUGCCUUUAGUUUAUAAGUUGCUUAAAAUAUCAAGGAGAAAACGUUGAGGUGCUAUUGCUGGAAACGUAUCCCGACACGCAAUUGCUUUGUCUUCUAUCAUCUGAGCCAGCUCCUUUUCAACCCUGUCCCAUAUUUUCUUCGGGGUUGACACGUCGAAUAAUAACUGUUUCUGUAGGCGUUGUUACUACCCUUUGAAAGAACAUUUUAGUAUAAUGAGUAAGAUCUUAAAGUUUUAAUGCUCUAACAUUUAAGAACCAGAAAUUACAGGCGUUUAAAAUUGCAAAGUGUUUGAAAUUUUUAUCAACUGAUCAUUGGCUUUCCUUUAAGUUGUAAAUAGAUAAACAUUUUUUUGUGCUACCAUCCUUUCUUCCAAUAAUACAUCAAAAGACAAAAAGAACUACCAACGAUUCUAGAUUUAAAGUUAUUGCUUGGGCUCCCUGUGGAUUUCACCAGGGUCUUGUACCCAGACCGGGUCUUGCUACAUCAACACCCACUUGUUCUUGUCCCUUGUCGUCCCUUGUUGUAUUGGCCGUGAAGACUCUGGGCUCGAGAUUGAUAUUCAGAACCGGGGGGGCGAAGGGAGGGCGAGGUGAAGACGUUUACAAUGGAAAGCAUUGCUAGAUAUGAUGUUGAAUUUGUUAAUCCAAUCGAGAAGAAAUAUGUAUGUCCACUGUGUAAGAAGGCUUUGCAAGACGCCAUGCAAACUGAAUGUGGUCAUCGCUUUUGUGCUUCGUGUAUCGACCCUAUACUGAGGAAACCCAACCCUCAUUGUCCAUUGGAUGGUGAACCAUUAACAGAAGGCGCCUUCAAGGAUGUGUGCUGUCGCCGUGAAAUAGGUAGCUUGUUCUGCUACUGUAUAUUCAAAAAGCAUGGCUGUACAUGGCAAAAGGAGCUAAUGUAUUUAAAGGAUCACUUAUCAAAUUGCGAAUUCCAAGAGAUCCCAUGUCCUAAUCCUGGCUGUGAAGAAAUGGUACCUAAGAACAAACUAGAGCAUCAUAAACAUGAAACAUGCAGCUUUAAACCAUCACGAUGCCAACAUUGUGGACAACUUGUGCCGGAAGUACACAUGGAGUCACAUUUGCACACAUGCGACAAAUUCCCCAUGACCUGUGAACGCUGUGGCACCAGCAACAUUGCUCGAGAAGAUAUGCAACACCACCUUGAAAGGGAAUGUUCUGAAUCAGAAAAACCAUGUAAAUUCUAUUAUGCUGGGUGCCCAUUUAAGGCAAAAGAUGACGUCAUGAACGAACAUGACCAGAGCCAGAAAUCAGAACACCUCAAUCUCAUGUUGGAAUUUUCCAGGAAAAAAGAACAAAAAGAAAUWAAUUUAUCKGAAAAGCUUGAAAAAGUAGAGCAAGAAAAUAUCUCGUUACAAAGUCAGCUAUCYACACAUCGUGAAACUUUAGCUGCUUCUACUCAAGAUUUAAGAUCAUAUCAAACACGACUUGGUAAAGUAGARCAAAUUGUGGGAGAACACAGGAGAGAGAUUGCAGACCUGAAAGAACGAUUACCGGUAUUGUUUACGUCUCACUUUGAUUAUAAUAACGGCCGGUAUAAUCUU